AAGCAAUCUUAUGCAUAUUAUUAAAGAACAACCCCUGCGUUCGCCUAUCAAUUAAAGCAAAAGUGGUGGCUGUGUAUUGUUGUUGUGCAAACGAGCCAAAAAGACCGUCGUCCAGCAGAGGGGCGAAGAGAGAAAAUGUCACCCAAAGCAGCAGCAGCAGCAGCAGAAAAAGUGUGAAGAAAUUACAUUUCUGCUCAAAGGCGCACUAAAAAAACACAACAAUAAGACAUUUAAAAAACAAUAAUGGUUCUACACUGAAAUGAUACACAAACAAUUGUAAUUUCACAGGGGCAGACACCUGCAAGCGCAAUGAGAGCAACGCUGAUCCUUAACAGGCCUUCGAUCGAACUCAGUCGAACUCUAUCCUGGCUUGAAUGUCGUCGGUAAUUGGACUCGGGAUCCACAGUUGGGACUCUUCUUGCAAUCCGCUGGCACAAUGCAAAGCCUGGACUCAUCGUGCCAAGAAGCCGACUUUAUCAUAAAUGACACGCUGAAGAAGUUGAAGGGCUCCAACAACUCUGACCAUGCCCCGGGACUAGCUCAUGCCGUGGUCCACGGCACGGGCGUCCACCAGCAGCAGCAGUUUGUCCAGUACCAGCCAGCCUCCUCCCCCAGUAGUCAUCAGCUGCAGUCGCAGCAAACGCAGUCCUACCACCACCUCCACACGGCGCUCCAGCAACAGCAGCAGUCAUCCCCAGUCGUCACUGUUGGCUAUCCGACGAGCAGUAAAUCGUAUCUGGAGACUAGCCUGCUGCAAGCCAUACCACAGAUUCCUGCCCAACCGCCCAUCUGCAUCUUCGAUGACGAUGAGUCGCCGCCCGAUGGGGGAGGGGCGUCAAUUGGGGGCUCCCUGGGCAUACUCACUGAGCCGACAUCGGCCACGCCCACCGGCCUGCCCACAGCGAUUGCCCCGUCGCCCUCAUCAUGCUCAUCAUCGACAACGACUCUGUCGAAUUUCAACUCAAUCACAUCGCCCUCGCCAGUAGUUCCUGACUUGUUGCUGUCUACGCCGCCAGGCAUCAACUCCAGCCUAAGCAAUAAUUCGACUGCCGCAGCUGCAACGUCGACGACGACGACGACGAACCCUACGACGACGGUCAGUAAGAAACCGGAGAAGCGGCCCGCCUCUGCCAACUCAACCUCCUCCUCCGGGGGCCAUCACCUGCAUCACCAUCACCUGCACCACCAGUCACACAACCACCAUGGGGUCCAUGGGGCCUCGCCCGCGUCGUCGCCCAGUAAGAGGCAGAAGUCCAAUAGCAACAGCACCAGCAAGGAGUGCAGCUCCUCUAGUCGCAGCUCAGCUUUAUCCUCAGCCCCAUCCUCCUCAUCGUCGUCGUCAACAGCGCGCGCUGGCGCCGGCGCUGCCUCCAACAACAACAAUAGCACCUCGUCCUCAACGAAGGGCUCCUCGGUGUGUCCACCGGGCAGCACGAAGUUCUUCAAUCUACACGAGAAACUCAAGGAUCUUUAUAUGCAGCUGCUAAGCAACGACAUCAACUACUUUGCCGAGACAGGGCUUAAGCAGCGCACACGAUCGUUUACCCUGGAGCGGCUGGUGGAGCGCGAGAAACUCAACACGAUCGUGGUGAACCUCUAUCCUGGCAACAAGGGAUACUCGCUGGCCCUGCACUACGAUGAGCAUGUGACGCUGAACACGCAAACGAACGAGUGGUCCGUCAGUGACAGGGACGAGGCGGCGAGCGAAGGAGCAGGAUCAGGAGGCCAUAGGCGACUCUUAUCGACCAAGUCUGCGGCAAUGGAUGAGAGCCAAGCCAAGGCAGAGUCGAAGCACGACUAUGGCCUGGUUGAAGUGCUUCGAUGGCCGUACGAGAACGAUUUGCUGUUGCAGUGCAUCGAUCGCGAGAUCCUGCCAGAGUUUCUGAUGGAUCUGCUCUGUGCGGAGACAGUCAGCCUGUCGGAUGGGGGAGAGGGAACGCGGAUCUAUGCCAAGCCUAGCGUUUUCUACGCGGGCUGCGUCAUCGCCCAGAUCCGCGACUUCCGCCAGACGUUUGCCACCUCAACGAAUAUCUGUGAUAUGAAGCACAUCCUGCUCAGGCCGACGAACGCCACCCUCUUCGCGGAAGUGCAGCAAAUAGGCAGCCAACUGCAGGCGGAGGAUAAGCUUGCACUGGAGAGCCAGUUGGUGUUGGCCACGGCGGAGCCGUUGUGUCUGGAACCGGAUCCAAGCAUAGGACGGCAGGCCAUCAAUGCUCAGCACCAGCGCCAGCUCUUCAACUCGCACGAACUGCGCCGCCAGAUGAAGAAGUUCACCCAGACUGCCAUCAAUCGGAAGCGCAAGCUGGACCAGUUCACCCACCACCAUGGGCUGGAGCUGUGCGACUAUCUGGCCCGACUGCGUCAGAGGCCCCGGACGGGGAGCAGUAGCGCUGGCGGCAACGCUACUCCGGCCACGGCACCCACCAACAAUCCUCUGGUGGGCGCCAUGCUCUCCUCCUUUACCUCAAAGGUCCCCAGGCGGCCUCACGAAGUGAUUCGGCCCAUUCGUCCUCCGUGCUUGGAGUACCCCGCCAAUCUCAAGGUGCCCGAGCACGUCAUCAGCGUAGAAAAGUAUGCCAAGACCUUCGAGCCCCUCAAUGAGUUCAGCGAGGCCUGCAAGGAUGGCUGCCAGCCGAAUUGUCGCCACAACUUCCAGCCCCAACUGAUCGAGGAGUACGUCCUGGAGACUGAGCGGGAGGCCAACGAGGGACGGCGGGCGCUGUACCACAUCAAGCUAUCCAUCUACCAGCGUCCCUCCGAUGCGGAAUACCUCGGCGAACUGUAUGUGGAUCGGGACUUUCGCGAGGGGGAGCGCAAUGGGGAGUCCUGCCGCUUCGCGCUGGGCACUCGGGUGCAUGCCAAUCGAUACAUUCAGCAAUUUCGCGAGAUCUUCACGGAGGAGGGGCGCAAGGCGGUCAAGAUAACGCAUUUGAUACCAGGACAUGUGCCAAUUGUCACCCACACGGGGCUGACGAACGAGCAGCGGCUCCUCCUGCAGCAGCAACAACAGCAGCAGCAGAGGCAAGCUCAAUUGCAGCAGCAGCAACAGCAGCAGCAACAACAACAGCCGCAGCAUGUGGUAGUGGUCGGCAAUCCCCAGCACCAACAACAGCAACAACAACAACAACAACAGCCUCAGCAGCAACAACAACAACAGCCACAGCAAUUGUCUGCCACUGUGCACCAUGUGGCCCAGCCUCGCCAACAAAUCACCCAAAAGACUCUUAAUCUAGCAGGGGGCAGCAAUGUCAUCAACGUGCAGCAAAACAUAAGGCAGCAACCUCAACAGCAGCAGCAACAGCAACAACAACAGCAACAGCAAACGUACACCGUUGAAGGAACGCAGCAACAGGCAGCCACACAACAAAUUGUCCCGCAACAACAGCAGCCGCAGCAGCAGCAGCAGCACAUACAGCUUCAACAGUUGGCCACCGGAAGCAGCAACUCUGCCACAACCACCCACCAUGUAAGCCUGAGCAAUGGCUCCCUGGUCCUGGUGCAACAGCAGCCCCAGCAGCAGCAGCCACAGCUGACCCAGGCCCUGCAACACUCAGGCAUAACCAUUCAGCCGGCCAGCAUUCAACAGCAGCAGCAGCAGCAGGUGAAGGGGCCAUCGGUCAUUGGCACCAACUCUGCUCUGCGUGCCCAGCUGAACUCCAAUGUGCCAAUUCUGCAGCAGCAGCAUCAGCAGCAGCAGCAACAGCAGCAGCAGCAGCAACAGCAACAACAGACAACUGCCUCCAGUAAUAACAAUAACAACAAUAACAGUAAUAACAAUAUGAACAACUCGGCCGCAAUCAAUGCCAUAAUGAACAGCAUCAUAAUCUCCGCCAAUCAGUACCAACAGCAACAGCAGCAGCAGCACGGCGGGACCACGACAAACAGCAAUCACAUUACAACAUCCGGCAGCGGCAGUGGUGGCGGGGGCGGCGGCGGCGGCAACAAUAACAACAACGGAAGCAACACCGCCACGCUGAAGAACUCCAGCAAUGCCUCAAUUCUGAACCUGCUCAACAGUGCCCCAGCUGCCAUGACCAGCACACCAGUGGCCAGUGGCACGUUCACAUCCUCCACCGGCCAACAGCAACCGCAGACGCUGACUCUGGUCCAACACCAGCAGCAGCAGCAGCAAUCCGCUCCGGCCACCUCUGAUGUAGCCACAGCCACCUAUGUGCAGACAACGCGCGGUACGCCCACACUGGUGACUGCCCAGCGGAAGCAGCAGUCCAGUGAGGUGCUGCAGAACCUGCUGGGUGUCAACCGAAAGAUCGUAGGAGGCGGUGGCACCACCACCACUACCUUUCGGACCAACUCUGCAGGCAAUCUGAUAUCCGUCAACCUCAAUCCGCCCACGCAGGCGCAGCACCAGCAGACAGUAGACGGCGGCGGCCAGACGGUGCGAGUAUCCAUGUCGGCGCUGGCCUCGCAGCUGGCCUCUCCGCCUGCCAUAAUGACCAAUCCCACCACAAGCUAUACGGUGAUCUCGUCGGGCAACAGCGCUGCGACGGCUGCGGCCUGGAUACAGAGUCCCACGGUGCCAGUGCAGCAGCGUAUUCUGAACACUCUGAGAAGGGACAGCACCACAGCACCGCCCAACGCUAUUGUAGUGGGAAUGGCCGCUCCCUCGCCAGGCAGCGAUUCGAAUGCCUCGAAUGCCAGCGGGUUCGCAGUGCCCAACAACCUGGCGUCGAGCAGCAGUAGCAGCGGCGGGGUGGGAGCUCUUUCCGCCCUGCUGACAAAUGCGGCCACUCCCUCGCCCUCGGGUUCGGAUCACUCGCAGUCCUCGCAGUCGCAUCAGAACCAGGCCUUGCUUGAGCGUCUCAGCAAUGUUACUUCCAACGUGUCCGCCGUGGCCAUGCCCCAUAUGUCGCCGCAGCAACCGACGGCGACGCAGCAGUUCAUCACGAAGACCAUCGUGCACUCUCCCGCUACAUCAUCGAUACACUCGCCCAUGUCUAGUCCGCAUCCGCAGCCCUCAGCCUCGCCCCAGCAGCACCAUCAGCAGCAGACGCAACAGCAACAAACCACCGCCACACUAAACCUGCAGGGCAUCAAUCUGUCACAGCUGCAGGGUGCCAUGGCCAACUUUACCGGCCUUCAAGUGCAGAUUCCCGGCUUCACGCAGCCCAUCUCGCUGCAGUUCUCCGGCAACAGUUUGCAGCAACAGCAGCAGCAGUCGGGGAACUCGGCAACGGGUGCGGGCACGACGCAGGGCCAACAGAGGAGUGUUCUGGUGUCGGUUCCCGUCUCGAGCCAGCAGCACCAACAACUGCCACACACCAUCACGCUGCAGACGCAGUCACACCAGCAGCAACAGCAGCAGCACGCUCCGCCGACGGGAACGAUAGUCAGUCUGCCCUCGACAGUGGGCGGCACACAGACGGUGGUCAUCACGAACAACGCAGGCGGCGGCGGAGGUAGCGGCAGUGGUAACGGUGGCGGCGGCAGCGGCGGCGGUGGAGGAGGAGGAGGAGCAACAACGGCCAUGCUGACCCUUCCCAUUGCUCAAAUAGUCGGUGCCGGUGUACAGAAACUAAAUCCUCAAACAAUACGUACCUCAAGUGUUGGUGGUGGUGUAGGUGUUGCCCAGCAGACGAUCCAGCAGCAACAGCAGCAGCAGUCGGGCAACAGCAACACGGCUGCCAUUCAGCUGGUGGGCACCAUCCAGCCCCGGGCCCGGAACGUCCAGGUGGUUGGAGCCAAGCAAUUAACCACCAGCAGACAGCUUAUCACUACUCAACGCCAGAUAGGUGGCUCGACACUCAAGAUAGCCACUACUCCGAUGAAUGCUGCCAAUGUCGUAACCAGUAGUGGCGGUCCCAUUGUUAUGUCUGGCCAGAAGCUGCAGCUAAAGACUGUGAAGGCGCCAAUGCAGCAGCUGCAACAGCAGCAACUGCAGCUGCAACAGCAACAUCGAAUACUCAACCAGCAGAGCACCGCCACAGUCUCGUCACAGACACUGUCCAGUCCCAGCCAGGUGCAGGUGCCGCAGCAACAGCAGCUGCAGCACAUCCAAAUCGCUGGACGAGCCACCACUGCCACGGGAGCCAUAACCCAGCGGACACUCACGGCUCUGGCGGCGGCCAAGCAGCAACAGCAGCAGCAGCAACAACAGGCGGCGGUCAAUCGACGGCGUUCCACCACCGACGCGACAAAGUAAAGGCGAUGAAGAAAAGAAAACGGCACAAUAUUAGAUUUGUGUAAGGACUGUAAGGACUGUAAGGAAUGAGAGGACUGAGAGAUGAAAGAUGAGAGCGAGAAAGUAAUAAGGCUACGCGUUGUGUAUUUGCAUGAUAUUAUAGCUUAUGGUUACCUCCUAACUAUCACCACUAUCGUACAUUGUAUACCCAUAUAUCUAUAUAUGUUUUGAUGUGUAAUCGUAAGUGUGAAAUAUGUAUGUAUAUGGGCAAUAGCAUGGCAGCUCAUAGUAUGUGCAACCUAGUUAGGAGCUGGAGCUAGCGGCAACUGGAACUGAAUUUGGUUGAGCUCUCCAGGUCUGCCGACUGCGCUUGUGUUAAUUGUGUCACCUUGGCAUAAACGAAUUAGGUGUAAAGCUCUUAAUAAUAUUUAUCUAGUUGUACAUAUAUACACAUUAUAUAUAUUAUAAAUACGAGUAUGUGAAGAUUGUUUCAACUUUUCCCGCGCAUCCAACCGCCAUUCUACCUAUUGUCCAUUUGGCUCCCAGCUCCAAUUCGUUAAGGCCUAGCUCGUUAAGCGUGCUAAUUUGAAAUUGUAAAGCAGGGGGUGGAUCACUGAAAACAAAAGAAAGCAAUAACAAGAGAAGUAAGGAGACAGCAAACAAAAAACGUAAGUUAAUUGUAAAGAAAUUCUAAUUAUUACGAUUACGAUUACGAUUACGUUAGCUACAAGAGAAUAUGAAAUAUGAACCGGUGUAGGGGUUCAUAAGAAUAAUUAUACAUAUUAAAUUGUACUAUUACUAUUAUUAUUGCUAAUUAUUAAAUCGAUUGCUUAGUUUAAGUUCGCUAAAGAAAAAACCCAUUUUAGUUUGUAUUGAACAAGUCGUAGCCUCAACCAAUUUAGUACUUCCAAUUGCAGAAACAUUAAAACGAAAAGCAAAAACAA